AUGCCUCAGGAAUUUUUGCCAAGCCUGCUUGGUGGAUUCAGUCGAGGCGCAACUUCCCGCGGCGAUUGGAUCUGGCCAGCUAUCUGGAUGUUGCCAGUAGUCAAUACAUAUGGCGCUUGGCCGGCUUCUGGUGAAAUUCACUUGGUCGAGUCCAGGGGUAACCACACCUACGAGCAGAGAGGUAAUAACAUUAUCAGCAGCACAAUGCAUUGGGGGGCCAAUAGCGAUACGGACAGCUACUGGCGAACAAGCAAGAAGCACGCCAGUCUACACAAUACUUACAAGGCAGGAUUCCAUAAGUUCGGACUCGAAUGGAGUGAGAGUUACCUUUUCACGUAUGUCGACUCCCGGCUUCAGGAAGUUUUAUAUAGCCCAUUCAGCGAGCCCCAGUGGACCCGAAGUGCCUUCUCAUCAAGAAAAGGGAAAGCCGUAUUGGUCGAUCCUUGGAGUCAGACAGGUCGUGAUAAUACUCCGUUUGAUAUUGAGUUCUACCUCAUUCUUAGUGUUGCCGUGGGUUCUACUAACGGCUGGUUUGAAGAUGGAAAAUCCGGCAAACCUUGGGUAGAUAAUUCUCCAUUGGCAAUUGCUGAUUUCUGGGCGGCAAAGGAUGAACGGUAUCCAACGUGGAUAGAUGGGAAAGCACAAAUGACUAUUAAGAGUUUAAAGAUAUGGCAGCAAUAUAGUUAA